AGUGUUUAAGAAGGCCAGUCCCAAUGGAAAGCUCACAGUCUAUCUGGGGAAGAGAGACUUUGUGGACCAGGUGGAUCUGGUGGAGCCCGUCGACGGCGUCAUCCUGAUCGACCCGGAGUACCUGAAGGAGAGGAAAGUGUUCGUGACUCUGACCUGUGCGUUCCGGUACGGUCGGGAGGACCUGGACGUCCUUGGGUUGACGUUUCGGAAAGACCUGUUCGUGGCGAACAUCCAGGCGUUUCCUCCCGUGCCCGAAGAGAAGAAGAGUCUGACUCGUCUUCAAGAACGCCUGAUCAAAAAACUGGGAGAACACGCACACCCGUUCACCUUCGAGAUCCCUCUGAACCUGCCGUGCUCCGUCACCCUGCAGCCGGGCCCCGAGGACACGGGCAAGGCCUGCGGCGUGGACUUCGAGGUCAAGUCUUUCUGUGCAGAGAACGUUGAGGAGAAGAUCCACAAGAGGUAA